AUCUGUAAUAUGCUUAUCUUUUGUGAAACCUCCAAAAAUCGAUUAAAGCAGAAACCGGUAAAAGCGCACGCGUCGUGCAGAAGUUAUGUACAUAUCAGCUGCAUUCUAUAAGCUGCAUUGAUAACGCUGUAUUGAAAAAUCAGUGUUAUUUUAUUAUCGAAAGUCUUCCAAUGAAAUAUUAUUUGAAUCAUAUUUAAUGGCUCGUAAUAAUCGCACAAAGGUAUAUCUUGGUUACGAAGAUGACUAUGUGACAGACAAGCAUCGUAAUCUCAUUAAUUUUACAACUAAUAAAAUUGGUGGAUUUCCAGACUGGCAUGGAAAGAACACACUGUCAUCACCACAGUGUAGACUUUGCGGCUUACACCAACUCUUGGCUCUACAAUUGUAUGCUCCACUAGAAAAUUCAAAAUACCAUCGCACACUUUAUAUAUUUGCAUGUAUCAAUCCAAAUUGUUGGAAUCACAAUGAAAGUUGGACUUGUUUGAGAAUUCAAUCCUUGGAGAACGAAAGUAAAACACAUCCAUCUAAUGAAGAUGGCACAAGUGUAUUACUUACAAAAACUUGGUUGGCAGGAGCAGAUGACUGGGGCGAUAACUUGAAUGAUAAUUCUUGUGAACACAAUGGAAAUAACAUGUUAUCAAAUGUUCCUAUUGAUUUUAAUCAUUCCAUGCAGUCUGCUAUUGGAAAAGAUUUUGUAGAUGAUUUUGCUGUAUUGCAAGUAGAUGAUCCAAAUGCAAAUAGCCCUGCAAGCAUAGAAUCUCCAAUUGGAGGAGCUGUAGGAAAAGUAGAUUCUUCUCAAGCAUCUGCAGAAAUAGAAGGCGAAGAAAGUGAAGUUGUAUGCAUUGAUACUCCUACACAGCCACAAUGUGACUUGGUCAGUUUAUUACAUGAAGUAACACCAUUCCCAAUACAGAUUGAAUCGAAUACAGAAGAGAAAUACUUUUUUACUGAAAUUUUUAUUUCUGUUGAUGAAGAAGCUUCCAAUAUUGAUGUACCACAACAUGUUCGAGAGUUACUUUUAGAAUAUCAACAUACCAAACCAGAUGCAUCACCAACAUUUGUUCCAGAAUCUAAUGAUUCCAAAAAUGCUGGGACAGAUAUAGAAAAGUAUGAAAAAAGUGUUCCAUUACAUGGAGAUGAAAUGUUCCAUAAUUUUGUCAGUCGCAUACAAGAUAAUCCUGGACAAUUGUUAAGAUACUGCAGAGAUAAUUCUGCAACUUUACUAUUAUAUCCUAUAAGUGGUUGUAUUGGGAAAUGUAGACAUUGUGGAGCAGAAAUGACUUUUGAAUUACAAGUGUUGCCGACACUUAUACCAAAACUAACAUUGCAACCACAAAAUGAGGAAAAUUUUCAAAUUGAAUUUGGUACAGUUCUGAUAUUCACAUGUUUAAAAAGUUGCUGGUCCUCAACUGAUUCAUACAGAGAAGAACAUAUUAUUGUUCAAGCAGAAAGAUUAUAGUGAUUAUGUUUUAAUCAAUUCUAUAAAAUAGUAUGGAGAUAUAAUUUUGGUAAAAAUAUAGUAAUUUUAUUUCUAUAGAUAAAUACCGUCCAUAUAGUUUGAAAUGUCUGUAAUACAAUGAAAAUGUAUUGAAAAUUAUGACAGAUAUGCAUUUUAAAUAAUUUCUAAAAAAUUAAUGGAAAUACUAUAUAGAAAUUACAUAAUUAUCUUUGUGUAAA